AUGAGUAUAGUUACAAAAUUGACAAAUUUAUAUGAGAGAAUAUUAUCAGAACCGUGUGCAUUUCCUAGACAUAUACAAUUGUUGCACGAAAAAGCGUCUGCUGUGAGAGAUGAUCGUACCAAGUGUGGUAUUAAUCAAUCUUCUAUAACAAAACAUUUGGCAUUGGAACAGACUAGGAAGGUUAUAUAUGCUUUGACAAGAUUAGAUAGUUCCGAGUACUUACUAUUGGCAUCUAGAGACCCAGCUGCUAUAGAUUUUAUUCACCUGUCUACUUUAACUCAUUCAAUUAAUAAUCUUACUAGAGAAGGUAUAAUUUAUGGAAAUAAAUUUAAUGCAUUGAUGUGGAUUAGGAGACAGGGUGUACAUAAUUUGAUCAUUUAUCUUUUGGAAAGCAUUGAUUGUAAAGAUAUAAAGUUUAAUAGACUCGGGAAAGUUAGAUUAUCAUUUUGGAAUAGGAUACUGAAGUGA